AUGCUUCCGCCUGCGUCAUUGUACUCACCGUGGUUUUCGGCCGUCUCAUUUCACUUUCCCACCAUCCAUGGAAUCAUGACUCGUUCUCAAGCGGCCCGUGAAACCGCAUUAAUCGCUGCUGGAAUAGAGAAAAUUGCACCUCAGAUGCAAGAUUCGGCCGUUGGCCCGCCAGCGUCGCAGAUAAAUGGCAGGGUGACUCGAUCAAAGACUGCAGCUCUUCAACAUCAUAAUCCAGCACUCCAGAAAGAAGGUGCCAACCAACUGCGAAAAAAGAAGGAACAAAGAAAAGGAAAGAGAAAAAGUGUACUGAUACCUGGCGAUGUGAACGAACUCCCUCACAACCUCGGCUUUCUGCCUCCGCUUUCUAAGAUCGAGGAUGUGGCGAACGGCGAUAUUAAGACGGAAGUCGAAGAAGAGGGUGUAGACGCCCUUACAAAGGAGCUUCAAGCUACCGUCAACAAAGCUACAGAGGUACUCGCUGGUCCCCCACCGGAGGACAGCAAGAAGAAGACGAAGAAGCCAAAGAAAGCAAACACCUACGGCCUGACACCGGGCAUUACACCCUUUCCUGAUUGGGCCCGUCCAACACCUGAGGAAUGCGAAGAAGUCAAUAGACUAUUAUCGUCUAUCCAUGGGGAAAUUGUUGCCCCGACCACAAUCCCUGAGCCGUCGCUGACCGUGACUGGCUGCGGUGAGGUCCCAUCCGUACUUGAUGCCCUCAUCCGCACCCUGCUCAGCGGUGCUACGACUGGGAAUAAUUCUGCUUUGGCAUUUAACGGCCUCGUGCAGAAGUUCGGUAUCCUCCACGAUGGGAUUGGCAAGGGCAGUGUGAACUGGGAUGCUGUUCGCCGGGCACCAGUGAAAGAUGUGUUCGAGGCAAUUAAGUCCGGCGGGCUGGCGGAUAGCAAAAGCAAGAAUAUAAAGGCUAUACUGGAUAUGGUAUAUAAGGAGAACCAGGAGCGGAGGAAUAUCCUUGUCAAAGGCCAGGAUACCAACAGCGACAGCGGUAAGUUUGUUCAGCAGCUCAACGACAAGCCGGAAGGAGAGAAGCAGUACGAGAUUGCAUGCGCCGACCAGAACUUUCUUUCGCUCAACUAUCUUCAUGGUCUUCCCACAGAAGAGGUCAUGACGGAGCUCAUGAAGUACCCCGGGAUUGGACCCAAAACCGCAGCUUGCGUCUUGUUGUUUUGUCUGCAAAGACCGUGCUUUGCAGUCGACACGCAUAUCUUCCGCAUAUGCAAGUGGCUCAAUUGGGUGCCCCCGGAUAGAGCUACGGAAAUCACGGCCUUCAGUCACCUGGAGGUGCGCAUUCCGGAUCAUUUGAAGUAUCCGCUUCAUCAGCUGCUUAUCCGCCAUGGGAAGUCUUGCCCCCGGUGUCGAGCUAUCACGGGACACUCUUCUGCCGGGUGGGAGAAAGGGUGUGUGAUUGAUCACCUUGUGACGAGAACAGGGAAACGAAAGAAUGCUAUCGAAGGGGAGAAGGGGAAGAGCAAGAGACCUAAGGGGUGA